GGACCUGUCGCCAGGUACUGCCUCCUAUCAGGAGGUCCUUCCUGGACGCUUUGGCUGACCUCUGUGGCCUGGUGCCUGGGUGGUGCUGGGAGAGACAGAGUGAGGACUCGGGAUGCUCCGGAAGCUGGAGAUGGGAUCUGUGUCAUUUGAGGAUGUAGCUGUGGACUUCACCCGGCAGGAGUGGAAGAACCUGGAUGCUGCUCAGAGGACCCUCUACAGGGAUGUGAUGCUGGACAUCUACAGCAGCCUGGUGUUCGUGGGGCACUGCACAGCCAAACCUGAGUUGAUCAUUAAGUUGGAGCAUGGAUUUGGGCCUUGGAGUAAAGCAGAAGCCUCAGUCUGGAACUUUCCAGAUGUGCGUAAAGCACGUGUUCCAGUUGAGACCAUCCAGGAAAAUGAAGAGAGAGAUUUGUGUGAAGAGAAAACCACCAGUAGCAAUAUAUCUAACAAAGAAGGGGCUGAACUACAACUAAAGGUUCGACGGAAAAUACACCAAGGGAAAAACCCAGAUUCUUGUCUGGAAACAUCCUGCCAAAGGCCACAGCACAAGAAGACUCACACGUGUGGGAAACACUCUGACUGUGGGGACUGUUGUGAAGUUGUCCCUGGUAAGUCACCACCCACAGAGCACCAGAGAACUCAGAGUAAAGAGAAGACCUAUGAGUGCAAAGAAUGCCAGAAAGGGUUCUGCCACAAGUCACAUCUCUUUCGACAUCAGAAAACUCAUACAGGCAAGAAGCCCUUUGAAUGUGACGAAUGCCAAAAAGCCUUCUACCACAAGUGCCAUCUCAUUCAGCACCAGAGAAUUCAUACCGGGGAGAGGCCCUAUGAGUGUAAAGAGUGUAAGAAAGCCUUCCGCCGCAAGUGGCUUCUGACUCUCCAUCAGAGAACUCACACAGGAGAGAAGCCUUAUGGAUGUAAAGACUGCAGGAAAGCCUUCUUCUACAAGUCCCACCUCACCCGACAUCAGAGAACCCACACAGGGGAGAAGCCCUACGAAUGCGAUGAGUGCAAGAAAGCUUUCUGGCAGAAAUCAAACCUGACUGCGCACCAGAGAAUCCAUACCGGUGAGAAGCCCUAUGAAUGUAAAGUGUGCAAGAACGCCUUCUACAACAAGUCAAACCUCACUUUACAUCAGCGAACUCACACGGGUGAGAAGCCCUAUCAGUGUAAAGAAUGCUGGAAAGCUUUCUACAGCAAAUCAAAACUCAGCCGCCAUCAGGCAACUCAUACAGGUCACUGCUUCUGUCAACUCCAAUCCGCCAUGGGAGGAAACUUCCUCUUUACAGUGGUGUACCACAAAGCCUCAUAACCACCUGAACUCCUGAGACUAAGUGACUAUUGUGACAUUCUGAUCCAAUGCUCAAUCUCAGAUGGAGGAAAAUAAUCAGACAUCUAUGUCAUCCAUCUAAGCCUCAGGGAAUGUUCUGGAAGAGGUGGCUUGAAAGAAUGAAAAGUCAAAAACAGAUGAAGAUAUGAAGAUGAACUCACUGAACCUGAACCUGAACUGCAUCAGAAUCUGCCCACAGUGUGGAGAAGGUGUCAACACCCUACUGAUCACAUCCAUUGCUAGAGAGAUGUCAGUAUAUGUCUUAGGGUCUCUAUUGCUGUGAAGAGAAACCAUGACCAGAGCAACUCCUAUAAAGGAAGACAUUUGAUGGGGUGGCUUACAGUUUUAGAGGUUUAGUCCAUUAUCACCAUGGUGGGACAUGAUGCGAGCAAGUAGACAUGGUGCUGUAGUUGAGAAUCCUGCAUCUUCAUUGGCAGGGAAGAGGAAGUGAACUGAUGCACUGGAUGAGGCUUGAGCACAUAUGAGACCUCAAAGCCUACCACACUGUGAUGCACUUCCUCCAACAAGGCCACACCUACUCCAACAAUGACAUACCUCCUGAUAAUGCCUCUCCCUCUGAGCUUAUGGGAGCAAAUUAAAUUUCAACAACCACAGUAUAUAACAUCUACUCGCUCCAAAUCAGUUUAGUAAACAGUCAGCACCGUGUUUUACCAGUAAAUAAUUAGUAGCAGCUCGUGUUUUGUUUAAAGUUCCUUCAUUUUCUCCUAACACGGUAGCCAUGUAUUAAUUCUUCCCGUUAUCUCUUUUUAUGCUCACCUCUCUGUCUGUCUGUCUGUCUGUCUGUCUAUCUCUCCAUCUGUUCCUGUCACUGAGUCAGAGGGACAGCCUGAGUCAUGGCGUUUGGAAAGAAACCUGAGACAAGCGUGCUAGGGUCUGAAGUAGUUGGGCCACUCCCAUCUGAGAGUCAGCUUUUCAGAGAACUAAAAUGGCAUGUGCCUGUAUACUUUUUAAAUAUUAUCUGUACCCAACGGGCUUUCAAAAGAAACAUCUAAGAACCCAGAAAGUGAUGACAUCUGUGUCUUUACAAUUAAAAAGUAGAAACAAAAGCAAGGGUGUUCAUGCUUGGUAAGGCAGAAGCAAAGACAGACAAUAGGCAUAAAGCAAGGAGGCCCAAGAACACAAAGGCUGUCCUGUAUCAGAGCAAGCAGGCUUGGAGACCAAUGUUGCUGCAGGCUCCUAUGUAAUCUCAAAUGCCUUUAGUUGUUUGAACUGUGGGUGGAGUCUAUUGACAUUCUCUGCUAACAUUGUCAAAGGCCAGCUUUUCUAUAAUAUCUGAGAUCAGAUUGAAAGCCCACCUUUUCAUGUCACCAAAUCCUGAAAUGAAGGAAUUCAGCAGGUUUAAACAAGUCAUGGGGGAUCAGUUGCUCUAUUUCAGCUAUCCCUCUCAACAAUCCCAUCGUACAUGGAGAUGUAGCUCUGUACGUGGAGAUGGCUUGUUUAAAAUCAGUAAGUACCUAAUACAGAAUAGUCUCCUAUUCUCCCCAUAUUCCCCUCUUAGAAAAAUUAUCAUCAACUCUGAGCCUAAAGGGUUAGAAAUGUACUGGUACUUCAAAGUGCCACAGAUAGGUAUGGCUCAAGAUCCUCUUGCUUUUGAGCUGAGUCCUAGGGUUAGUGCAGAAACACCAACUGUAGGGAUGCAGAGAAAUGGAUGGUUAGCAGAGAACUUUUCAUCUUCUGAAUGAUCAACAGAAUCAGAAGACUGAUCAAGGGAGCUAAAGGAGGAAGGCAGGGCUCCAUUACAUCGUCUCAUUUCCUUCUAAAGGAGCUAUCUGCGCUGUGGUAUCUCCUUGUGCCAAUAGGGCAGUAGUCAUUUGCAAUGGCCAGAUACUAAGGUGGAAAAACUACAAGGACAAGACAUUGAAUGGGACCCCUAGAUUUGCUGAGGAGCCUGUCUACAAACAUAAACACCUUCCCAUUGCUUCCUGGGCAAUGCUCCCAGUAACAGAAGUAACAGUAUUUGUCUCUAUAUUCUGUCAGGUCAUAGAGAUCUCAUUUUUGUACUUUCUCCUGGAAUGCUUUUAGCAUUGCUUACCAUAUGCACAUAUAACCUGCCCUUUGCUCUGGCAUCCAGGAGUGGGACCCUAGCAUGCUUUAUAAUUUUGUUUAUACUUUCUUGUUGCAUUAAAAAGUUCCCAUAUUUUAGUUUCAUCCUUUAACCAAAAGAAUUGAAACUCUUAAACUAUUACACCUACUAUUUGACUAUUUGCUUUACCAUGAAUUUUCUAUUUUAAAAUUAUUAAGAAUGUGAAUACAAAAAAUCAGCUUUAAAUCAAUAAGAAUAAUAUAACCUACUUAUGGGAGACUACUGUGUCAAAACUUAAAUUCAAAUUAUUUGCAAAUUAGUUAAAAUUCUGGAGUUUGGGUAUGUCAUGAACAAUGCCCAUGCAUCAAAAUAACUUCCUCACAAAACAUCGUUAUUUGACAUCAUUGAGUAUAUUAAAGAAUUUAGAGCUAUGAUAGAGCUGAGGGAUUUGCUCAGUUCACAGAGACUGACCUAGCAUGCCAGAGGUCCUGGAUCUGAUCCCCUUGGCUGUACACCCACAGCAGGGGUGGGGUUGGAGGCAUACCUCUAGUCAGCAUUUCAGAGGCUGAAGCAGGAGGACACAGAGAUGUUGCUCUAACCAUCUCCUCAGCCUUCCUGGAAACUACAGCUCAUAAAAAAUAAAGGUACAUGUUUGUUCUUUUAACUCGUUUGUUUGUUUUGUUUUGUUUGACAUAGGAUCUUUCACCAUAGCUCCUGUAAUGCACUGUGUGGACCAGACUGACCUCAAACUCACAGACAUCAGUCUGCCUUGGCAUCCCCAGUGCUGGGAAUAAAGAUGUGGGCCACCAUGCCUGACUCUUCGAGCUUUAUUCAUUUGUCCUCCAAUUUCUUUUUUAAUUUAAUUUUUUGCUUUUUAUGUCUAUGAGUUUUUUGUGUGAAUGUAUAUCUGUGGACCACGUGCCUCCCUGGUACCUUCAAGGACAAGAGGAAUGUGAUGAUGAAGAUUAUGUUUAGAGGAUAAUUUGAGGCAUCCUGGGCAAUAUAACCAGCCCUUGUCUCAAACAGAAAGAAACCUACACCCAGGCUGGGGUUGUCCAGUUCUAAUGUCAGAGCAGAGCAGGGGAUAACUUUCCUAAACCAGGAUAGUUGAGAAUGGGGAAAUUAGGAGGCAAGCCCUGAUCAUACAUAACAGGGAUACUUGUUUGCAGGGAUGAUGUGGCUUCACAGUGGGUAAACACUUACUUGGAUGAAGGGUCUCAAGCAGCCUAAACUGGCCUUGAACUGAUCACAAGGCCUUGAGCUCCUG